UGCAAACCUGUGAAAUGUCACCCGGCGGAAAUUAACUGCCUCACGUUUCAGACGGAAAGUUCCAUCAACUUCCCUCGGGAGAGCUGCUCAUCCAUAACCUAGAGUUCAGCGACCAGUUUCCGACGUACCGCUGCAGGACAAUGCAUCGCCUCAGUCGGCAGGUUGUGGUCAGCAGUCCUGCGAAUGUUAGAAUAACAGAACAUCGAGGCAUCGUACCGCCAGUCAUUGUGGAAAAUUCAGGAGCAGUCACCGUAUCGCAAGACGAGGGAGCAGCAUUAAUAUGUAUAGCGCAUGGAUGCCCAGCACCCGAAUACAGGUGGUAUAAUCACGCCGGUUUGGAGCCAAGUCUGAUUAUGCCUGGACCAAGAGUUCGCCAAUUAGGACCUGUCCUAGCAAUAGAGGCGGUAACAGCGGAAGACGGGGGUGUAUACCGCUGUUCCGCUUCAAACGCAGGUGGUGAGUCGAGCGUCGAAUUGCGAUUAAUUGUUUCCACAGCUUUGCACGUGGAGAUUUCCCCGCCUUUGUUGAGUGUGCAUAUGGGAGGAAGUGCCGAGUUUAGGUGUGUGGUUUCUGCACAAAGUGGCGGUCCCCAUUUGGUGACAUGGUACAAAGAUGGAAGACAACUCCCGAGUACCGGAAGGGGAUCCAGCGAAACACUGAUCAUCAACAACAUUGGAAGAGAGGACCGAGGGAUGUAUCAAUGUGUGGUGAAGAGAACUGAAGGCGAUAGUGCGCAAGCUUCAGCCGAACUGCAGCUAGGAGAUGCUCCACCAAUUCUUCUGUACAGCUUCAUAGAACAGACGCUCCAACCAGGACCUGCAGUUUCUCUCAAAUGCAGUGCGUCCGGAAAUCCCACUCCUCAAAUAUCAUGGAACCUGGAUGGCUUUCCUCUUCCCAGUCAUGGAAGAUUUGUGAUUGGGCAAUACGUCACUGUUCACGGGGAUGUGAUAAGCCACGUCAACAUUAGCAACGUGAUGGUGGAGGAUGGUGGUGAAUACACGUGCACAGCAGAAAACAGAGCGGGUAAAAGUUCCCAUUCUGCCAGGCUGAAUAUAUACGGAAUGCCCUACAUCCGGCUGAUCCCGAAAGUGACCGCCGUCGCGGGUGAGACGCUCCAGCUGAAGUGUCCCGUGGCGGGAUAUCCCAUCGACGAGAUCCACUGGGAAAGGGGCGGCAGGGAGCUGCCCGACGAUCUGCGGCAGAAAGUCUUGGGGGACGGCACGCUCGUCAUCAACCCCGUCGAAAAAAAGGCCGACUCGGGGGUGUACACGUGCUGGGCGAGAAACAAGCAGGGGCACAGCGCCAGGAGAAGCGGAGAGGUCAACGUCAUAGUUCCCCCUAUAAUUGAGCCCUUUUCCUUCCAAGACGGGCUAUCAGAAGGCAUGCGCACUCGUACCGUCUGCGGCGUGAGUAAAGGUGAUCCACCCCUUGUGGUCUCAUGGCUCAAGGACGGUCAACCAUUGACGCCUAACCUCGGCGUCAACGUUUCGGCCCUUGACCCUUACUCUAGCCUCCUCAGCAUUUCUAGCCUUGAUUCGAGACACUCCGGCGAUUUUACCUGCGUGGCGAGCAACCCGGCCUCAGAGGUUAGGUACACUGCAAAGUUGCAGGUCAAAGUACCUCCCAGAUGGUUGGUAGAACCAGUGGACGUGAGUGUAGAGAGAAAUCGACACGUGUCUCUACACUGCCAAGCUCAAGGAGUGCCGAGUCCAACCGUCAUCUGGAAGAAAGCCACAGCCAGUAAGUCCGGCGACUAUGAAGGAGUCCGAGACCACAUGUAUACUAAAUUGUUAGGAAAUGGGACUCUCUUGCUCCAACAUGUGAAAGAAGACAGAGAAGGUUAUUACUUGUGCCAAGCGGAUAAUGGAAUUGGCACUGGUAUUGGAAAAGUGAUCCAACUGCGAGUCAAUUCUUCUCCUUAUUUCUCUGCCCCUUCCCGGCUAGUCACCGUCAAGAAAGGUGACACCGCUUUACUACAUUGUGAUGUGAAUGGGGACAAACCAAUCAGCGUUAUAUGGCUACGAGGGGGAAAAACGGAAAUGAAUCCGUCCACUAACUACAGAGUGAAUGUUAAACAGGAUGUUACUCCUGAUGGGGUGGCUGCAGAGUUACAAAUCAUCAACGCUGACGCGAAAGACAGCGGUGCGUACUUCUGUCAAGCUAGUAAUAUGUACGGUAGAGAUCAGCAGCUGGUACAACUGAUGGUUCAGGAACCACCAGGUCCACCGCAGAACCUUGAGGCUGCUAUGACAAGUAGCAGAUCUGUUAACUUGAAGUGGCAGCACAAAUCUGGUGACUCGAACGAAGUUUUCAAAUUCAUUGUGGAAUACAGAGAACUGGACAGGUCAUGGCACCAAAUUGAGUUGACCGAUUCUCCACUACCUUUCGUCGCCCUAAUUGAAGACCUGAAACCUGCCACGAAGUACAUCUUUCACGUGAUCGCUGAGGGUCCAGCAGGAAAGAGUUCGCCAAGCGAGGACCUCGUUCUCAGGACGGAACCGCAACGUCCUGCGGGUUCUCCAUUGAAUCCUGCAGCCAGAGCGAUAUCUUCUACCGAAAUUUUAGUGACUUGGUCUCCUCCAAUGCCGGAAUUGAGGCACGGUGAUAUUCAGGGCUUCAAUGUUGGAUACCGGACGGCUAGUAUGGGUACAUACAACUUCACAUCAGUUACUGGAGAUGGAGAAGAUGGUGGUGAAAUAUUGCUAUCGUAUCUCAGCAAAUAUACCAGAUACACCAUAGUCGUACAAGCCUUCAACGAAGUAGGGGCAGGGCCUCUAUCAGAAGCCGUGGUGGUUCAAACCUUGGAAGACGUUCCCAGCAUGCCUCCCGAAGACGUUAGAUGUGCCGCCCUCACAUCGCAAUCGCUGCAAGUCAGCUGGCAGCCACCCCCCACGGAGCACUGCAAUGGACUCCUGCAGGGCUACAAAUUGACAUACGAACCAGUGCUGGACGAUAACUGGAGAGGCAGCGACGAAAUAGAGACAAGGAAAACGACUGCGCUGACAACUGUGAUCACCGGAUUGAGAAAGUUCACUAACUACAGUUUGCAAGUAUUGGCAUUCACCAAAGUCGGUGACGGCGUCCUCACCGCCCCAUCCUAUUGCCAGACCGAGGAAGACGUACCUGGACCCCCUGCGGACAUCAAGGUCGUCGUGAGUUCCCCUCAGUCUUUGAAAGUGUCUUGGCUCCCUCCAAUCGAACCUAAUGGCGUUGUCACAAAGUACAAUUUGUAUAGAAGGAGUAUGGAUGGUCGGACGGAAGUUGAUAACGCCAGGCAGACAAUAUCCGGACAAAAUACCGUUUUUGAAGUGAAGAGCGUCCAAUCACACAUUGAGUACCAGUUUUGGGUGUCCGCUACCACAAGAAUUGGUGAAGGUCAGAGUUCCAAGGUGGUUUCACAGGUUUCCACCCCGAGAGUUCCUGCUAGAAUAAUUUCAUUUGGAGGAUUUGUUGUACGACCAUGGAGAAACUCUGUUUCAUUCAGCUGUGAGGCAGUGGGUUCACCAAGAAGGGAAUGGUUGAGGGGGGAUAUUAUACUGAAGGGAGGAGCCACUCAUAAUAUCCAACUUUUGGAUACUGGAGAGCUGAUUCUAUCCAAUCUUCAAAGGUCAGACGCUAAUAAUUAUACCUGCCAUGUGGAUAAUGGACAAGGAACAGACAGGAUAAUUUACAAUCUUAUAGUUCAGGUACCUCCUUCAGCUCCUCUCCUUUAUGUAACGAGUGCAACAAGCAGCAGUGUUCUGCUCCACUGGAAAGCUGGAAGUAACGGUGGUGCCCCCAUAAGCGGAUUCACGUUGAGUUAUAAGAAGGAACUUGGCGAUAUCAACGAGAUCCAGCUGAACAGACAUGCUAGCAGUUACGAACUGAAGAGCCUCUCUUGUGGGACCACCUAUCACCUCUACCUCAUAGCCCACAACAAAAUCGGGAGUUCGCCUGCAAGCCAUCCGUUACAAGCCCGGACUCAAGGCCACCCUCCAGGAGUUCCUUCGCCGUCUUCGUUCAUAGCACCAAAUUCAACUACGGUGAUUUUACGACUUCACAUGUGGCCUGACAAUGGAUGUCCUAUUCUUUAUUUUAUAUUGCAGUACAAGAAAGCUUCCGAAGUGCAGUGGACGUUAGUGUCAAAUGCCCUGAAGCCACAACGGCGUACUUCCAUCACUGGACUGACACCUGCAACCCAGUACGUCGUUAAAGUGGAAGCCCAUAAUGUUGCAGGGUAUUCCACUGAAGAGUUUGCAUUCAUGACCUUGACCAAAGAUGGAGAUGUACCUCCACCAGACCUAAUGAAACAGGGACAUGAUGACUAUCCCUUCUAUUCAGACAUGAAAGUUGUGAUACCCCUACUAAUUUUAGUAUUAGGAAUAAUUGUUUCUGUGGUAGGGGCUCUGAUCUGCAUGAGACGCCGUCAAGACGAUGCCGCGAAAGAGCAAAUGGACAACCAACAGAAUGCAGAAGCGCAAAGGGAACGUUACUACGCCACCAUACACAAAGUGGCUUUGCAAGCUGGAGAAAAAAUACCAGAGACUUCAGACGACAUAUCGCCGUACGCAACAUUUCAACUGUCAGAGCCGAGUACUUUGCCGCAGAAUACGAUGCUUCACAGCUUCAUGUACCACGAGCAUCCAAUGACUGAAGGCUGUGCUUCCCCUCCGCCGGCAACCUCGUCUGUUCAACGAAACUCACCUUAUUAUAAUAUCCAAAAAUUCCAAAGUACAAAAGGCCAUGGCCGGAGACGCGUCAAUAGAAAAAACGACGUUGACAGCGACGAGAGCGAAUCCGAUCAAGACCAGUUAACGUCCAGCAGGACAGAGUCUUCCAAUCAACUAGAUAUGAAGCACAAACACAAUUUCUUGUAUCAUGGCGCCCAAUCAAGUACCUCUUCAGACAUAUCUCCGAUGUCAGAUCAAAAGUCCCUUCCACGCAGGAAUAGGAAUAGGUGGUUGGCACAAGGAGGUCGAAGCAACUCCCAGAGGCAGAUGCUGAGCCACCUCUCGGUGGCCGAAACGCCGUUCAAAGAGAGACCCGACAGACCACCAACAGAACAGAAUACUCCGGAUAGACCGGAACUGAGCGAAGCCGAAUGCGACAUCGAUACCCUGAAAAAAUUGAAGCUGGGGUUGAGGUCCAGCUUGUGGUCUAGACCCAGCGGGUCUGGGCAGCCCUCGGACUAUUCAAUUGCUGUGUAAAUGGGUGUGAAUUUAAUGGGGCUUUGGUGUAUGAUGUAGAACGAAUAGGUAUGAGAAAAAGGAAUGUUUCAAGUCCCAUCAGUAAUAGAUUUAUUACUCAUGGGCGUGAGUAAUCAUUUAUUACUCACAGUUGUGAGUAAUGGAUAUUUACACAGAAUUGGGAGCGAUAAAGGUCUCAAGCAUAAACAAUGAAGUGAUAUUAGUGAAUACAGUGUGUUUCACAUCGCGAUACCAUUAAAAGUUUGAGGUGAAGCAGGAAAAUUAUCAAAAAAAAUUGAUUAUAUGAAAGUUACUUGGAUAUAUACUGAGUGGUUCGACAAAACUAACAUCAGAAUGUUGAUUCACUCGUUUCCAAUGGAAAUAACUCAUUUGAAGAGUAUUAUUGUAAUCUAGAUAUUUUCAAAAUGUAAUGAAUCAUUCAUUCAAGAUGUAAUUUGUUUUUGGAGAGCUCUUACAAAAUAUGUGGGGUUGUUAGGUGAAUACCUGGCUACUCGAAAGUUAUAACAAAAUAGUAUCAAAAAUAUAUUAUCCAACAUUAAAUUCCUAAAAACUCAAAAACAAAAUCAAUAUAUUUUCAGGUGAUCAACUUUUUCAGUAAUUUAAAAGAAAAAUAUUUUUACCAUUGCACUCCAAGCCAACACUUGGUUUCUAGCAAAUAAAUUGAAAUUGAAUAGUGACAAAACUCAAAAUCUUGAGGUCACCACUGUAGGUUCAGCUAACAAAAGAGUAAAAUCACUUGGCAUUACCCUCAACAGUACUUUAUCUUGGCAUAAACAUACAUAUCUUCUCGUAAAUAAAGUAUCUAGUGCCAUAUUUAUCCUUCGUCAACUGCAAAACAUCACAAACGGUGAGAUUCUAAAAACGACGUUUUUUGCAUUAUUCCAUUCACACAUGAGCUACGGUGUUGUUCUUUGAGGGAACUUUCCUGGUUCGAUGGGAAUUUUAAAACUACAGAAAAAAACUGUAAGAAUACUGGUAAGUGUAUGUUUCCGUGAGCACUGUAGACCAUUAUUCAAAAAAUUACAAAUCAUGCCGUUGCCAACAUUAUUUAUUUAUCAGACGCUACUGGAAAUCAGAAAAAAAUGCUCAGAUGCUUGAGAAACAGUCUGACAUACACCAACACAUCACGAGAAAUGCGGACAAAGUGAGAACAUGCCGUUAUCGUUUGACCAGAUGAAAAAUGAAUUCAGUUGAUUAUAAUAUUUUCAACUCUCUCCCAAAUAAGUUUAAACAGCUCGGUAUCACCAAAUUCAAAAGAGCCGUCAAGGAAAUGCUACUCAACCAAUGUUUUUACUCAGUCUCGGAAUACUACGAUCAUUUUAAGACAGUUCACGUCAGCAUGUCAUAUGAGAUGAAACAUACUCACCGGUAUUGACUCUACUGUGGUAGUUUGUAAAUACCCUAUUAUCAUAGAUGAAUAUUUAUUUGUUUAUAUAUGUACGUAGGCAACCCCUUCAUUGCUUGAUAUUUUUAUAAUUAACUAGUUUCUUUGAGAAAGCCUAUAGACUUGACUUGCUAUAAACAUGAAAAUGUAACGUAGUUAAUAAACUAUUCUAUUCAUUCGUAAACACGGUUUUUGAACACGAAAAAAUCAUUAACAAAAAAAAUUGUCAGGUAAGCUCAUUUAGGAUCGAUGGAACAAGAAAAAUUAGCUCAUGUUCGAUAGUUCAUUAUAAAAUAAUAACUUAUAGAAUUAGAUGAAAAAUGGAAGCAGAAUGUGACACACACUGUAUAUUAUUAUUCUGACAGUUUUAUCGACAGAAAUUGUUUUGUUAAUGAUAUUGUUGAUCAUAUAGAAGUAUAUUAAUAUUAAAAAAAAUAUUUAUCAGUCAUCACAUAAUACACCAAAUGCUCCAAAGUGUUGUUUAUAUAAUCAAAAUUGAAGUUAAACUUUUCUACACAAAAUUUUAGCAAUAUUAAGUUUGUAAAAUACGUUUAUGAGAGAAGACAUUUUGGACACGUUUUAUAAUUAUUGAUUUGACUGAAUUAUUGACUCAAUAGGUAAUACCUCCUAAGUCGAUGUACCAAAAAAGCAAUCACUAUCAAAAUAAAAAUCAAAAUAACUUAUUCCCCUUCCGUAACUGUGAACAGUAUGUAUUAUAGCUCAACUUGAAAUGAAUUGAAUUUAUUGUAAAAUAAAAGGUGUUUUAUUGAAGAGUUCCCAUCAACAGAAAAAAGUUCGCCAAACUAUUGCCUGAUUCAACAGGGUGUUUUUUUCACAUAAUCCCAUAUAUUUGAUGAGAUGAUGAAAGAUAAUUCUGAAAAAUUAUAGAUUUCAUAAACAAUUUCAUAUGAUUAAGAAAAUCAUACUCACAUAUUCUUCACUGAAAUUUUCGAAAAAUGAAUACACGUCUUUUAAAAUCAUUUCGAAUGGCCAAGUAAUUGAUUAUGAAGUUCCUCACGGUACAGUACCGAGUCCCAUAUCAUUCAAUAUAUACAUUGAUGUACUGUUUUUGCUGAAGAAAUCCGUUAAUAGUUAUAUUUGACACUUCACUUGAAAUAAACAUUCCUCAGUUUCAUGUGAAAACGCUUGAAAAAGCUAUUUUAUGGCGAAACAUGCAAUUUCGUACACUGUCUAGUGGAAAUUUCACAAUGAGGUGUUACUUGGAUAACCCACUGAGGAAGAAACAAUCUAAAUUGUAGUCUGAAUAUGUGAAUGAAAUCAUCAUAACUAUGAUUAUGUAGUAAUGAUGAUGAUAAUAAUAACAGAUUUUAUUGAUAGGGAAAUAUGAAAAUCACAUGAUGGGAAUAUGAAUAUUACUGGAGUUUUUUCCCAACACCAAAUCGUUAUUUUCAACACCUCGACACGUGUUUCGAUUACCAAGUGAUCAUAUUGGUCAUUCCAUUCGGAACGGAGGUGAAAUAUCUUGACAUUGUCCUUGAUUAAAAAGUUUUACAUAAAGCCAGACUAUCCCUACGGAUAUGUCGAAGAAUUUGUGGUUAAGCUUGGGGUUUAGGUCCCAAACAAAUUCAUUGGAUUUAUGUAAUGAUUGUCA